UGCAGCGGUUUAUAAUCUUCAACUCAUUUCUGAGUUAAACCUACUUCGAAUCUUUUUAGCUCAUAUGUCUCGACUGCAAGGUCUUAUAGUAUGCAAAGAGUGGCGCUGUUUACUCGAAAAAACACCAGGCCAUGAACGCCAUGACGGUGAACCUUUGUUAGUGGGGUAGAGGUUGAAAAACAAACAGCUCCGUGUUGCUGAAACUCACACGAAUAAAAAGCAGCACCAUUUAACUCUCAAAUCCGAAGAAACUUUUGGGGGAUUUAAAUCGCAGGAGAACGUUUUGAUCGAGGUCAUAACAGCAAUUGUACAGACCAUUAGAGACAUGCAUUAGAUCGGCUGAAGUGCUUCGAACGUUAAACACACAACAAUGGGGACCGUUGUUACCAUGCAGUCACACAAAAGGUACGUGGCGCUCAUUAGUCUUUUUUCAAUCGUGUAUCUUAUAUCUGCAUCAGUGACUCAUUAUUCAAUACCAGAGGAGAUGAAAGAAGGAUCAGUCGUCGCUAACCUUGCUACCGAUCUCAGCCUGGAUGUUAAAACACUGAAUCAGAGGAAGAUGCGUCUUGACAUUAUCGGCAAUAAAAAAUAUGUGGAUGUGAACAAAGAGACUGGUGAACUGUACAUUGUUGAGAAGAUUGACAGGGAACACUGCCCAACCAAGAUGUCAGCAUCGUGCUAUCUUAAACUGGAAGUAAUACUUGAGAAUCCAUUAAGAAUCUUUAAUAUAGAACUGGAGAUUUUGGAUAUUAACGACAACGCCCCACAAUUCCGAAGAGAUGCAAUUCAUCUAGAUAUAUCUGAAGCAACGCCCGUUGGAGAGAGAUUUUCGUUAAGCAAUGCAGUCGACCCUGAUAUUGGAACCAAUUCAGUAAAAACGUACAAUUUGACUAAAAGUGAACAUUUUAACCUUGAGGUUCAGACUGGCAGAGAUGGGUCGAAGUUUGCCGAUUUGAUCUUGAAAAAGACUUUAGAUCGGGAGCAGCAGGCUGUUCAUAAUUUAAUACUCACAGCUGUAGAUGGAGGCACACCUGCUCGUUCGGGCACUGCAAGUGUAAUUGUUCGGGUCUUGGACACAAAUGACAAUGCACCUACUUUUGACAAAGUUAGUUUGAGUGUAAAAAUUAUGGAAAAUUCUCCCAUAGGAAGCCUCGUUGUUCAUCUCAAUGCAACAGACUUAGAUGAGGGGUCAAAUUCUGAUAUUGCCUACUCGUACAGUUUAUAUACGUCUGAGAAAACGCAAGAAACAUUUAGUUUGAAUCCUUCCACUGGUGAAAUUACUGUCAAAGGAAUGUUAAAUUAUGAGGAUUUCAGGAUUUAUGAUAUGGAAGUUAUAGCUACUGAUAAAGGAGCCAAUAGUUUAUCAGGACAAUGUACUAUAAAGAUUCUGGUUGAAGACAUGAAUGACAACCAUCCAGAAUUAUCUAUUAAAUCAUUUCAGAGUCCAGUCAAUGAAAACACAGAGUUAGACACAGUGAUAGCAGUAGUUAGUGUCAGUGAUAAAGACUCAGGUGACAAUGGAGUGGUUGAUCUUCAUAUUCCAGAUAAUAUGCCUUUCAAACUGAGGGAGUCCUCAGAUAACUAUUAUGAAUUAGUAGUGUCAGAGCCAUUAGACCGUGAGAAGGUUCCAGAAUAUGACAUCACGUUCACUGUGACAGACAGAGGUUCUCCUCCUUUAUCGGACAAUGAAACUAUGACGUUAGAGCUGCUGGAUGUUAAUGACAAUGUCCCACAGUUCCCUCAGUCAUUUUAUACCAUACGCGUAAUGGAGAAUAACGCACCUGGGGCCUUGCUCAGUUCCCUCACUGCGUUUGACCCUGACCUCCACGAAAACCAGUACCUAGUUUACUUCAUCCUAGAGAAGGAGAUAGCCAACACCUCCAUGUCCAUGCUGUUCUCCAUCAAUCCAGAGAACGGUAAUCUUUACGCACUAAAAACGUUUGACUAUGAGAUCGAGAAGGAGUUUCUUUUCCACAUCGAGGCCAGAGACUCUGGCUCUCCUCCACUCAGCAGUAACGUGACGGUCCACAUCAUCAUUGUGGACCAGAACGACAACGCUCCGGUUAUUGUCUCUCCGUGGCGCGCGCACGGCUCGGUGGUGGAGGAAAAGAUCCCCAGAUCCACCGAUAAAGGCUCUCUGGUUGCCAAGGUGAUAGCCUUAGACACCGACUCGGUGCACAACUCUCGGAUUACCUACCAGUUUCUCCAGGUGACUGACGCCACCUUGUUCAGUCUGGACCAGUACAACGGAGAGAUCCGGACUAUGAGGAUGUUCAGUUACAGAGACCCGCGCCACCAGCGACUGGUUGUUGUUGCCAAGGACAACGGGGAGCCUGCUCUCUCUGCUACAGUCACCAUCAAGCUGUCCACGGUGGAGACUGUCGUUAAGGCCUACUCUGACAUGACGGAGGUGCCUCUGGAAUAUGACAUCUUUUCAGACCUAAACCUGUAUUUGGUCAUCGGUCUGGGCUCGGUGUCGUUUCUCCUGCUGAUCACCAUAUUGGUCACCAUCGUGCUCAAGUGUCAGAAACCCAAGCCCAGCAAAGCGGCUCCUCCCUGCAGGAACAGUGUGAUCAGUGAGAGGAACUCCACCAUCGCAGAUUCCACUCUGGUCUCCAACGAUGCCUACUGGUACAGUCUGUUUCUAGCAGAGACCAGGAAAGGAAAGCUGGUGGUUAGACAGCCUGUGCCAAAGGGCUCCAGAUACAUCGUGUCCAGUUUACCAAGAGGCACAGGACUGACAGACACUAGUGACUCAGCAGCUUCCACUCUGCAGGUAAAUAGUCCAAUGUUCACGUGUUUCUAUCUUAUCAUGUGUCAAUAUUAAGAACAUUUUAUUUCACAAUUAAGACAUUUCAAGAUUACAAAUCUUUCACAGUAUGACGAUUCAUUUCAGCAAUAUCAGCAAAAAGGUAAUUUUAAAUCCACAUAAAAUGUAUGAAAUGUAUUUUAAUGUGCUUCACGUUAACCACAAAAUAUAAAGGUGGCGCUGUUUUCUCAAUGAAAGAACGGUACAUGAACGCCAUGACAGUGAAUCGCCGUCAUCAGGGCAGCUCGUGAAACAACCGGAGAGCUCCGUGGAGCUGAAACUCCACUCCAAAAACGCAGCUUUCCUUUUAGAGCGGAAAAAUCUUCUGGAUUAAAACUGCGUGAAUAUGUUUGGGAUUAAGGGCUUUACAGCUAAAUUCAAUAUUACUGGAAACGUAAAUUAUAUCGUUUAAAGCGCGGUGAACCCACACAA